UGAAUGUGUGAGUGGUUGGCGCAUGCGCAGAGCAGCACAGCACAGUCUGAGCCUUUAGCGUUAGCUCACAUCCUCCUCAUCAUCAUCUUUGUGAACAUUUGUUGUUAAACAGCGCGUGGUUUGUAUCGAGCGGGAUUUUCGCGAAUCCUCUGGACAGAACAUGCCCAAGAAUAAAGGUAAAGGAGGAAAGAAUCGGCGACGUGGAAAGAACGAGAAUGAGUCUGAGAAGAGAGAGCUGGUGUUCAAAGAAGACGGACAAGAAUACGCUCAGGUGAUUAAAAUGUUGGGGAAUGGCCGUUUGGAGGCCAUGUGUUUCGACGGCACCAAGCGACUGUGCCACAUCAGAGGAAAACUCCGGAAAAAGGUUUGGAUUAACACGUCAGACAUCAUCCUGGUGGGACUGAGAGAUUACCAGGACAACAAAGCUGACGUCAUCCUCAAGUACAACCCAGACGAGGCUCGUAGUUUGAAAGUGUACGGAGAGCUGCCUGAGCACGCCAAACUGGACUUGGACACUCUGGGCAACGUCGAUGACGACGUGCAGUUUGACGACGAUUGUGACGUUGAUGAUGACGACGACAUUGAGGAGAUCUAAAACAGCUGCUUCUGGAGGACAAGGACAUUUUUACUGGAGAUGCUCCCACUGAGAUAUUCUGAACCGAAACAUCGCAACAACAACAACAACAACAAUUAAUAAUAGCGACUUUUUUUUAUUCUGAUCAGCCGACAGAUUAUUAACACACUUGACUGAUUAUUACUACAUUUAAUUUAAAUUGUCUCCGGCCUGGUUCUCAGCAGGAAACCAAGUUCACUGUCAGGGUAAAAUCAAAGCUGCUGCAGCGCCCCCAGCUGUACACAGCGGUACUGCAGAUGCACUGUGGAAUAAGAGCAGGUUGAUAAUCCAGAUUAACAUCUGGAGCAUUUCUAGAUUUGUACGUGUUGCCGUCUCCUUCACGUCAGAUAGUUUCUCUCUUUUUCGCCGCAGAGUCUGAACUCUCUAGUUUUUCUUUUCUUUUUUCACCUUCAGCAGCAAACGCGACUUCUUUUUAAAAACAAAUGUAUUUAUAUUAAUUUCACGUUUGUGUGGAAUUGAAACAAAUCUCUGCAUUCGCCAAAAAAUAAAAAGAGGGGAAAAUACUUUGUGUUUUUCUUUCUUCUGGCGGCUGUGGUUUUCUUUGUAUCUUAAAACAAAUGACAAAUAAAUCCAAUAAAACCACAUGAUGGAGGGUGAUAUCCAGGUUUUUCUUUUCACUGGUUUUUAUUUUGAAUGAAGGAAAAUUAUGGUUCAUCCAUUUUUUUCCCUCCUGAAAUCAGAUAUUUUUCUUUUAUUUCUGUUGUUUUCUUCGUGUUCAUCUUUGUUUCUUUUCCAUUUUUCGCGACGUCAACAACUUGCGCUUUAAAGUUUGACCGUAACAAAAGAAAAAAGAGCAGAGGUUCCGGAACUCGAUAAACACCGAUAAAACCUCACGUCUGAAAAACUAAACCAUAAAACUAUUAUUAUUAUUAUUAUUACAUACAGAAUAAUUAUUAGCUGUAUUUUCCCCUGGGGGAGCAGAGCGCAGCGCCCCCUGCAGCUCAGUUUUUGAACCACUGCUCUGCACAUGCGUGUGUGGGGGGGGUGUGGCCUGUCGCUGUUGUUGCUGUAAUUCUAAGAAUAUACAAUGAUGUUUAAAGGCUUGGUUUCCAAUAAAGAUCUUAAUCCACUGACA